AUGGGUCUCGAAAAAUUUAACCCUUUCAAAAGGGAUAGUCCGAACUUCCCCAACGUUGUCAUCCCACUCGCCGAUGGACCUGCUCACCACCUCUCGGAAAAGACAGACAAGGUGACCAGCUCGGAUGGCGAAUCUUCCUCGGAGAACGGUGCUGCCGGCCCUAAUGAUUCAACUUGUCUGACCCUCGAAGGUCUUCGUGCAGAGAUCGAGGCUGACGUCUCCACUUCCACCAAUGACUCUGCUUAUGACCGCAAGGCAAAGGUGGUCAACAGAGCCCUGCAGGAUAUUGGCAUGGGUCGGUAUCAAUGGCAGCUGUUCUUCCUUUGUGGUUUUGGUUGGACAGCAGACAACAUCUGGCUUCAGGGAGUUGCCCUGACACUGACCCCCAUCUCCUACGAAUUCGGUCUUUCCGAUACGUGGGUGCGUUUCACCACUUGCGCUCUAUUCUUGGGUCUUUGUAUCGGUGCCUCAUUCUGGGGUAUUGCCUCUGAUAUUGUCGGUCGUCGUCUUGCUUUCAAUGCCACUCUGUUCAUGGCUGGUUCAUUUGGUUUGGCUGCUGCUGGUGGUCCCACUUGGAUUGGAACAUGUGGCUUGUUCGCUUGCUUGGGUCUUGGUGUAGGUGGUAACCUGCCAGUCGAUGGUGCUCUUUUCCUGGAGUUCCUUCCCUUUGUCUCCGGCAACAUGUUGACCAUGCUGAGUGUCUGGUGGCCCAUUGGCCAGCUAAUCGGCAGUCUGCUUGCAUGGGCUUUCAUCCCUAACUUCAGCUGCACUGGCUAUGAGGGUUGCACCAAGGAGAACAACAUGGGCUGGCGCUACCUGGUCCUCACCCUGGGUGCCAUCACCUUUGUCAUGUUCAUUCUGCGUUUCUUCUUCUUCCACCUGUACGAGUCGCCCAAGUACCUGCUCUCCCGCGGCCGCCAGGAAGAAGCUGUCGCUUCCAUUCAUGGCAUUGCCCACAGGAACGGCACCAAGACCUGGUUGACCAGCGAGAUCCUCAACGAAAUUGGCGGUCAUGUCGAGGUGCAAGAAAAGGAGACAGGGCUCAGCUAUUCUCAAAUCUUGGGCCGUUUAUUCUCCAAAUUCUCAAUGGAGCGCAUUGCACCCCUGUUCGCCAACAAGCGUAUGGGCUACAAUACCGCUCUUCUCUGGUUCUGCUGGGCUACCAUCGGCAUGGGAUACCCUCUCUUCAACGCCUUCUUGCCGCAGUACCUCUCUCAAUCCGGUGGUGUGACCAACUCGAACUACAUCACCUACCGCAAUUACGCCAUCACCUCCAUCGUUGGUGUCCCUGGCUCUAUCUUAGCUUGCUGGACAGUUGAGAUCAAGUACAUCGGUCGUAAGGGCACAAUGGCCAUCUCCACCCUGAUCACCGGUAUCUUGCUGUUCUGCUUCACCGCAUCCACAAACUCCGACAUCCAGCUCCUGUGCAGUUGUCUCGAGGCCUUCUUCCAGAACAUCAUGUAUGGUGUCCUGUUCGCCUACACUCCGGAGACAUUCCCCGCCCCCAACCGCGGUACUGGCACUGGUAUCUCCAGCUGCUUGAACCGCAUCACUGGUCUCUGUGCUCCACUUGUCGCCAUCUAUGCUGGUAGUGCGAACCCCAACGCGCCAAUCUAUGCGUCCGGCGCGUUGAUUCUGGCUUCCUUUGUGGCCAUGUGUCUCCUACCCAUCGAGACUCGGGGCAGGCAGACUCUUUAA